AGACAGUGAUGGAGGGAGAAUCUGUCACUUUAGAUCCUGCUGUAAUAAGAAAACCAAAUAAUGUGAUGACGUGGUAUUUUACUGACAUUCUCAUCGCUGAAAUCACUGGAGAUCAGAGUAAGAUCUGUACAGAUGAUCAGUGUAAAGAGAGAUUCAGAGACAGACUGAAGCUGGACAAUCAGACUGGAUCUCUGACCAUCACAAACACCAGAAGCACAGACUCUGGACUUUAUAAACUACAGAUUAUCAGCAGCAUCCGUGUUUUCAGUGUUGAUACAGACAGAGUGACCAUGAUGGAGGGAGAUUCAGUCACUCUACAGACUGGUGUUAAAACAAACCACCUAGAUAUUAAAUGGUAUUUUAAUGACAUUCGAAUAGCUCAAAUCACUGGAGAUCAGACUUAUAUCUGUACAGAUGUUCAGUGCAAUAAAGGCACUGAGAGAUUCAGACACAGACUGAAGCUGGAUCAACAGAUCAACAGACUGACCAUCAUGAACAUCAACACCACACACUCUGGAGUUUAUGAGCUAAAGAUCAUUAAUAACCACAGCAUCACAGCAUCAGCUUUCAGUGUUACUGUUCUUGAAGUUCCUGCUGCUGAAUUGGAUGAAGUGAAGAGAAAGACAGUGAUGGAGGGAGAAUCUGUCACUUUAGAUCCUGCUGUAAUAAGAAAACCAAAUAAUGUGAUGACGUGGUAUUUUACUGACAUUCUCAUCGCUGAAAUCACUGGAGAUCAGAGUAAGAUCUGUACAGAUGAUCAGUGUAAAGAGAGAUUGAGAGACAGACUGCAGCUGGAUCAUCAGACUGGAUCUCUGACCAUCACAAACACCAGAACCACAGACUCUGGACUUUAUAAACUACAGAUUAUCAGCAGCAUCCGUCGUCAUCGCCGCAGCAUCAGCAUCACCAGUUGGAUUAUAUUUUUUGUCACUGUCACUGGUGUUUUCAGUGUUGAUACAGACAGAGUGACCAUGAUGGAGGGAGAUUCAGUCACUCUACAGACUGGAGUUAAAACAAACCACCUAGAUAUUAAAUGGUAUUUUAAUGACAUUCGAAUAGCUCAAAUCACUGGAGAUCAGACUUAUAUCUGUACAGAUGUUCAGUGCAAUAAAGGCACUGAGAGAUUCAGACACAGACUGAAGCUGGAUCAACAGACUGGAUCUCUGACCAUCAUGAACAUCAACACCACACACUCUGGAGUUUAUGAGCUAAAGAUCAUUAAUAACCACAGCAUCAGUGAAAAGGCUUUCAGUGUUACUGUUCUUGAAGUUCCUGCUGCUGAAUUGGAUGAAGUGAAGAGAAAGACAGUGAUGGAGGGAGAAUCUGUCACUUUAGAUCCUGCUGUAAUAAGAAAACCAAAUAAUGUGAUGACGUGGUAUUUUACUGACAUUCUCAUCGCUGAAAUCACUGGAGAUCAGAGUAAGAUCUGUACAGAUGAUCAGUGUAAAGAGAGAUUGAGAGACAGACUGCAGCUGGAUCAUCAGACUGGAUCUCUGACCAUCACAAACACCAGAACCACAGACUCUGGACUUUAUAAACUACAGAUUAUCAGCAGCAUCCGUCGUCAUCGCCGCAGCAUCAGCAUCACCAGUUGGAUUAUAUUUUUUGUCACUGUCACUGAUUUCGCUCUGUCUUCAGCUGCUGUAGCAGGAAUAUGUGUUUGUGGUCUGCUGCUUAUUGCUGCAGCAGCUGCUGCGAUUUACUAUGGCAAGCAUCAAGCAAAAAGAAACAGCAGCAGGAGGCAGCACAGUGAUCAGGAGAGAUAUUUAAAAGACUGGUCCCCUAAUAUGUCUGACUCUCCAUUGAUGGAAACUGCUAAUGAGACGUCCCCUGAUGGGAAUGAGGCUGAGACUGCUAAUCAGACACUAAUGUAACAUUUAUUAUGUUGACUUUAACUGAAAGGGACAGUGAAUAAAAGGUAGGACACAUGAGAACAGAAUCGGCAGAAACUUGCAUGGCUCUCAAAGAAACUGUCACCAAACCAAGAUUCCAGUAUUUGGAAUCAAUGUCAAAUCAAUGACUAUGUUAAAUUUGACCUCAUGUAAACACAAUACUUGUAAACAUGUAAAUACAAUACACAAUAAAAAUCAAAUUGAUGCAAUUAAGCUGAUAAUCGUAGUAACCAUUAUCACAUAAAUAUGUGGCGUAUGCUGAUUUUAAGUGCAAUAAACAGGCAUGUAAACAUUACACUUCACUCUGACCACAGUGUGCAUGUGUUACUGAUGACGUGGUCAUACAUAGAUUCGUAAAGAUGGCAGUAAAGCCCAAAUGGUACACUUUAUAUGCACUUAUGGUCUUGUGAACUUUCAAUGGCUGCAGUAUAUUGAUGCCCGAAAAUAUCGUAAUUAAGAAUUUUUAGGCGCAUCACCCAAAAAAAUUAAAUGCGUCCAAAUAGAGACUACAAACACUGAGGUUUUUCAGAUUUCGCAGUGUUCUCUCCAUAAUUAUGACUCUUGGCAGCCUUUAGCCACUGCCUUAAACGCACUGGAUCCUUCAAUUUUUGUGCCCGGGAACAAUACAAUUCAACAUUACUGUGACUAAAAGUUUGCUAAGCAGUAUUUCCAACCAAAGCGAGGUGGUGUUUAACUCUGAACAAGCCUAUCCAUGCCUUAACAUGCCCAGUGCAUUAUGGGUUUUGUUGAUGUUUUCCGGCAACACUUUAAAAUACUGUUCUGUCAUUAAUGAAUAACUACACAGGAACAAAUGACUAAUGCACUAUUACAAUUCUAGUAACUAUUUUUAACUAACAAGAAACUUCUAUGAAACAAAUAAUUAGUAAGUAAUAGCGCUCAGUUGAUUGUGAUAAUUCACUAUUAGCUGAUCAGUAACUACUUUUUUUCAU